AUGGGGUCUGGUGCGGAUCAAUGUCCGAGCUCCAGAUCACGUGGUCCUUCGCUGCUUGAGCAAUUUCCAGCAGUAUCCGGACAUGAUGUCGGCCAUCCGUGCUGCAGAAGUGAACUCCACUUCGCCAGCCGGAGACGCAACACUUAUGGCCAAGUGCACCUACAGGAUCACGCGGUUCUGGUUCCAGAUUCCGACGGUGCAUCAUGUGGACCAAAGGCGCGGCCGCAUCAGCUUCGAUAUAGAUCCCGAUGCCGCAGGCCUUGUGCUUCGAGAGGCUUCUGGUUUCUGGCAAGUUGUGCCGUGCCGGCAGAACGCAGGGCAGUGCCGCGUGGUCUUCCGCGUUUACGUGCAUGCCUCAUCGCUGAUGCCCGAGUGGCUCGUCGACUAUGGGGCCCGGAAAUGUCUCACGCGUGCCACAAGUUGGCUCAAGCCAUUCGCAGAAACGCUGUGGCAGAAGUCAAGGCAGGCAGUGCCCAGCACUGCAUGAUGCCCCAUCGCCUGAGCAUGUGCGAAGCGAAGCAGAACCUGCUAAGUCCCAUGCAGUUCCGUACACAGCACCGGAAAGUGAAGUGUGCGCUGCCCGGUCGGUGCACAGUAGAAUUUCCGAUGGAUGACGGCGCGGAUACCGCGGAUGCCGGCCGGUCUGCCUACUCCUUCAGAAUUGCCAGGCUCCUCUGCAGCCCCCUCAGAUUGUCGCAGUUGCAACGGUUCCACCGUUCGUCGGACUUCUUGCAAUUCUUUGUCGCUUAUCAGGUAGUGCGUUUGCUUCUCAACAGCUUUGGACAGCCAGGCCUCCAGUGCACAUGGCAUCGGGGCAUUGGCCUAGUCGUGACCAGUAUCAGUGAGGACCAGGUGCAGCCGGACCUCCGCGUGGGCGAUGCGCUUGUCGUGGUGGGGUCGAGCUCUUUGCCGGAGGCUGGCAGCGAGGAGCAAGCGCUGAAGCUGCUCGAUGAUGAGUGCGCGUCUAGCCUUGCCGCCAACAAGCGUGGCAUCCAGUGCCUGGCCGUGAGCGACCUGGAGGUCGGGGGUCCGCCACCUCCUCCACCACCUCCGCCGGCACCUCCGGUGACGGGACACUCGCGGCUGUACAAGGUAUGGCCAGCGGGCAACAGAUUCUGCUGUGCAGGAUAUUGUAUGACAGGGAGUCCUGGCCACGAGUGCUCGGCAGCGCAGUGCUUGCGCGAGAACUGUGUUGGUGAGCAUCGCAGCAAUCGGCAGCAGCGAUGCGAGAGCCUGGCCUCGGCACUCGAAGGCUGUGAUUUCAUCAACCGACCCUGGUGCACUGCAAUGGGCCCUGCAAAUUGCUUCUCCUGGGCCUGUAUUUUGGUGCCCUCAAUUCUUUACUUUGUGGUGGCGCUGCCUUACUACUGGAGCGAAGUGCAUCCGAUUCUUCCCAUGACGGCCUUGUUCUUCUUCCUCAUGACUGUGGGCUGCUUGCUGUCUGCGUGCCUGGCGGAUCCUGGCAUCAUUCCUCGCCGUGAGGUGAUCUUGGCCACCGGCUGCGCUGAGAAGCUGUCCGAACAGCUUGGCUACAACGUGCUCGGAGAGACCGUCACUGAGCGGGGUGAGCUCCGGGACAACACGGAACGCGUCAGCAUUCCACCAGAUCUACGGAAACAGGGCUACAGGUGGUGUAGCACAUGCCGCAUCGUGCGACCGCCACGAGCGUCGCAUUGCUCCGACUGCGACAACUGUGUGAUGCGCUUUGACCACCACUGCCCCUUCAUCAACAAUUGCGUUGGCCAGAGAAACUAUCUGUUCUUCUUUGGGUUCACCAGUGGCCUGGUCACGGAGGGUUCUGGUCGUUGUAUGGGGCUUCUAUGGGCUUUCCGAAAAUGA